AUGCCUUGGUUGCGCAACCUACCAAAACAUGUUGUCCGAUUAGAAUUUGUGCUGAUAAGAUCAAACUCGCCCUUGGAUCAUCCUGCGAUGGCCAAUCGCCCCACCUACAUCUACAAAAUCAUUUCCCAUACUUCACCUCUCCCAGACCCGCUUCCGGAUGAGUUACCACUGAGCGAUCUUGAUGCUGCGGAUGGAUUUAUGCACUUCUCGACCGCCAAACAAGUCCCCCGUACUUUAAAGCGAUUCUUCUCUACCGACCCGCGAGUUACAAUCGUCCGGAUUGACUACAGCAAAGUCGAAAGGGAGGUCAAAUGGGAGGACAGCAAGGGUACCGGGCCUGGAGAGGUUGGAGGCGAUGAUAUAUUCCCGCAUAUCUACGGGCGGUCGAUGAAGGCUACGGAUGUUGAAAGUUCAGUCAUUUGGGAGCGCAAUGAGGACUGGGAUGUUGCAUUGGAGAGUGAGACUGGAAAGAGUUGGCUUGUUUACUAA